AUGAAUCAACCAAAACCUUCAAAUAAUUCAUCAGGUAACUGGGAGCUUCUGGAUCGGCCUAUAGGCCAGGUCACUGUGUUCGAUGGGGCACAUGGUGACUGCAACCUGAUUGACUUGUGCCAAUUCCCUCCGGAAGAAAAAAACAGAACACAUAAAACGCCUCUCUGGCGCCGGAUUUUAAUUGACACUGGUGCGAAAAAAGAAGUGCUUGCUAAAACAGUAGCCACCGCAAUACGUACUCAUCCUGUUCCUGCUGUAACCAAAACAGACGCAAGCAGACACGAAGUGCCGCCGCUCAGGGAGAUGCAAAUCACACACUUUGAUGACGACCAUAUCGGAAAUGCAGGGUAUAUCAUGAAACAGCUAAAAGACCAUAUGCAGCAUGAACGAACAAAAGAUUGCGCAUACGAAUGCGAGCUCGUAAUGAAUAUUCUUCCUCCACCCUGGCCUACCUUCAGGGUAAGGUUUAUGGGGGCCACGCGCCUUUCUGAUCCUGAGAAGAAUGACCAGAUCUUUCUCAAAUUCAACAUUGAGGGCCUUUCUGAAUGGGAAAAAACACUGGCAGAUCUGCAUUUCGCUGUUGGUAUCGACAUUUACCAGGACAAGGAGAGGUGUUUGAUUCUCCAGGACCAGAAGGAUACUGUGGAGGCAAAAGUUACGCUAAGAAAGAUUGUCCGUGAGCUGCAAAAGAUUCUGAAGAAGGUCCAGAAUGAAAGUCUUUGUCUGGAAUUUCUCCUGGAAGUGAUCUGGACGGUAGGAAUGCCGGGUAUCGUCGACGGGAUGAUAGGCGACGGGAUGAAACGGCAUGAAUCUGUUUCCUUUCCAGUCGAAUUUAAUUAUGAGCUCCUCGCACCGCUUGUUAUACAUACACUUAAAGUUGGUAAUUAUUUGGAAAAGGAAAAGAACCUUUAUAAAAAAUACGGAAAGAUAAGGGUCCAGGGACCUCUGGAACAACCGGUUAAUCAGAACCCCAAAGUUCAUUAUAAGAAUUCAAUCAAUAAUUUGAUGGUGGCGAUCCGAGAAGUCAACGUAUCCCGGGAAAAUGACCCUAACCUUGUGAGAGAGGUAAAACCUGAAAUAGGUCAGAGAACGGGCAUGAAGUCUCUCAUCCAACAGACAGUAUCACCUCUACCUUGUAUCCGGAACGAAUUGAUCAGAUCCAUGCUUUCAAAUACGUACAAUAUCCAGAACCAGAUUGAUUUCGAGAAAAACCUUGAAAAUCGAGCUUCUGUUGUUACCAUUUUUGCCCGGAAAGAUCUCAUAAGCAACUAUAACAAUGGCCCAGUUAGUAUGCUAUUCACUGGGGAUGCAUUUGAUCAGCCAUGCGAUAUCCAGCGAUCCAUAGCCAGCUGGAACGUCGGAACAGGAACAGGGGAUGAACCAAAAUACUUUAAUGUUAUCAAGAUACCACACCACGGUUCGAAUGAAACCGUGAACAGUGAUUUCUACAGGAUCUUCCGGGCUGAAGUCUAUAUCAUUUGUGGCUCGCACCACAUGCAUGGCAACCCCAAAUUCUCGACUCUGAAAGCAAUAGUCUCAGGAUUCCAAGGAAAUCAACGUGGUAGUCGUUUACCCUUUCGACUUUAUUUUUCCGAUCCAAGGAUAGAUGAAGAUUCUCGAGGAGAGAAGGAACGCCCAAGUCCAAUCAAAAAGAUCAUGCUGGACUCAGACCUUAAGCCUGAUGAAGAGAGGCGCAACUAUGAGGCUUAUAAGCUGGAGCCACGACCAGACCAAGACAAAAGUGUUUCUUGGGGUUCGAUACUCUUUUCGAUGGAUGAGACAGGCAAUAUGAUGGAUAAGCCUGGACAUGGGUGGGAAUACAUCUCCCUUCACAGUUUCGUUAAAGAUUAA